GAUUCCACUUGACAAAUCGUCACGACAAUUGGAUAAAACGUCGCUCCCACUCCCCGGGCCAUGUCUGUCGAGCGAAAACAGGCAAGCGAAGGAGAUACUGUCUCCGGCCUAGAAAACGGCGAACGGAUACUGUAGCUCAAGUCAUCAGCGGAGGAUUGAGCGACCUGAAAAACGAUGGCUAGGGUUCUGAGGACUCCCAUCUCGGCGGCAUUCAAGAUCUCGGAGAGAAACUGCGAUCAUUUACCCCUUUCCUCCUCUUCCUCAUCUACUUCUUCCCAUGGAUUUUCUUGGUGCUUUGAAUUUAAGAAGAAUCUCCAUUUCCGCUGUUAUUCUGCUUUGGCGGCUGCGGAGGUGGUGACCGGCGGAAUUAGAGGGAUGCCGCUUCAGGGGGGCCUCCGAGGCGGAUGGGAUUUGUUGGGAGCGAAAGAGUAUUUAGAAUACAGGAGAUCUCUCUACGGGGACAUCACGCACAGGGCACUCCUGGUGGACGUCGCCGGCACUCUUCUCAAGCCCUCCCAGCCUGUACCACAAGUAUACCGACAGUUUGGAGAGAAAUACGGUGUGCAGUUCUCUGAGGAUGAGAUACUGCAAAGAUAUCGCUGGGCUUAUGAGCAGCCAUGGGGUCGGUCUAGGCUGAGAUAUGUUGAUGAUGGGAGGCCAUUUUGGCAAUUCAUUGUUGCUUCGUCCACAGGCUGUUCAGAUUCUCAAUACUUUGAAGAACUUUAUCAAUACUAUACUACUGACAAGGCAUGGCACCUUUGUGAUCCUAAUGCCGAAAAGGUCUUUGAAGCUCUCAGGGAAGCUGGGGUGAAAGUAGCUGUUGUCUCAAAUUUUGACACUAGAUUACGACCUCUACUAAGGGCUCUCAAGUGCGAUCACUGGUUUGAUGGAGUUGCUGUCUCUGCUGAGGUAGCGGCAGAGAAGCCGAACCCGAUGAUAUUUAUGAGGGCGUGUGAGUUACUGGGAGUGAAACCUGAAGACGCAGUGCAUGUAGGUGAUGAUAGGAGGAAUGAUGUAUGGGGCGCAAGGGAUGCUGGUUGCGAUGCUUGGCUUUGGGGCAGUGAUGUUCAUUCUUUUAAAGAGGUUGCCGAGAGGAUUGGAGUCGAGCUUUGAGGAAUCGCAGGUGCAGCAUUGCUGAAUCAUCUCAGUGGUCCACGAGAUUGUACAUUUUCUCAACCCCUUCCCUAAAUUCCACUGUACGGUUCAUGCAUAUAGCUUGUAUGUAAUAAAGAAAUGCUAAAGUGCGGACUUGAAGAUGCAUACAGGGUCCUACAUAAAAAAUAAAAUUACCAAAAUGCUGAAGUCGACAUUUUUAGCAUUUUCUUCAGUAGUUUUAAAUGAGAAGAGGUAGGUAUGUUAAAGCUUCGGUCUUGUGUAU